CACAUACACACGGUCGUAUAGGCUCCUGUUUAAACAGCGGCGUGUAUACGUAUUUAUUUAAUAUAAAAUAUAAUGUCAAAAGAACUAGAUACUGAGUUAUUAAUUGCUUUGAUAGAAGCUCGUCCUGUAUUAUGGGAUAAAACAUCACCAAUAUAUAAGAACAGAAAUGAGACGAAGGAAGCGUGGAAAGAAGUCUGUACAGAAAUGAACAGCGAUUUCCAUGUUUAUAGUGAGGAAGAAAAAAAUAAAUAUGGUAAAGAGGUUGUAAAGAGGUGGGUCAACAUUCGGGAUGCAUUUAACAAGUUUUUGAAGAAAGAAAAAUCGUUCAAAAAGUCUGGUUCUGGUGCCUCAACUUUAAGCAAAUACAUUUAUGCUGAACAACUGAAGUUUCUAACCAAAAUAUUUACGCAUAGAUCAACUGAAGAUAGUUUAUCUGCCAAUCCCGUCCAAGCAACUUCCGACGCCGAUGUUUCAGAAACUGAUACUGAAAAUAAUAAUACCCAGCUUAAAUCACCUCCUCGAAAGCAACCUGGCUCUCGAAAAAGAAAAAUAGACGACGUUGAACUCAGGAUGAUUAAAGCUUUAGAACAGCCAGAAGAUCGUCAUAUUUCAUUUUUUAAAGGUAUCGUCCCAUCGUUACAUACCUUCACAGACGAUGAAACUUUACAAUUUCAGACUGGCGUUUUACGAUUAAUUACCAAUAUCAAGCAGAGGCGGUUUCAAUCAAACCAGCCACUUCCAUGUGCCGGAACUUCUGUAUAUGACAACUAUAUUAAUCGACAAAAUAGUACAGAACAUGUUCACCGUUCUACUUUGUCAUUGCCAAAAGAGCCACCUGCGACUCCUUCAGGAAUCUGUAUUAACAGAAACAUGCCCGCAUAUACUACAACAAAUUAUCCACAUGAGGCAAACGCACGUGAAUAUUUUGAACAAUACAACCCCACAGCGGAAAAUCCAUCUUCAGUUGAUAGUGCUUCUACACAGGAUUCUGUGUACGCGGAUUUAGAUUUCACAUAG